UCGAAACUUUUUAUUUUUUUUCUCUUUUGAUCUAUCUAUCUAUCUAUCUAUUGGCUUCCUCUUCCUCCUUCCCCCUCCCCUUUCUACCCAAGCUCCAUAUACCAACCUUCCUCUCUCUCUUUCAAGUUUUAUCAUUUAUCAUCACCACCUUCAAAAAGUUCAUGGUGGAGUGCUCUGGGAAGUGCCGAGCCUUCUUCAUAUAUACACCUCUUCUCCUUUUUGUAGCUAAGCUUGCUUUUGCAGCGUGAGAAUUCAAGAAAACGUACCCAAGUCUUAAGAUCAACAACAGUACUGAAGAAGAAGAAGUUCAUCAGCAUCAGUUGUGAGGCUAGCUGUUUUAUGGGGUGGUUCUUCUCUCCGGUCUUAGGGGUGCUUUGCUGGGUAUUCCUCUUAGGCUGUGCUAAUGGGAUUGGGGCUAACUGGGGCACGCAAACGAGCCACCCGCUGCCACCUUCCCAAGUAGUUCAGAUGCUCAGGGACAACGGUUUCCAGAAGGUGAAGCUCUUUGAUGCUGAAGAGGCAACUUUGAAUGCUCUGAAGAAGACUGGGAUUCAAGUCAUGGUGGGCAUCCCUAAUGACAUGCUCUUCACUCUUGCUUCUAACUUCAAGGCUGCUGAGAAGUGGGUUUCAAAGAAUGUCUCCGGCUUCGUCAGUGAUGGGGUGGAUAUCAGAUAUGUAGCAGUUGGAAAUGAACCUUUCCUACAGACUUACAAUGGGAGCUUUCUGCAAACCACUUUCCCUGCCCUCCAGAACAUACAAGCGGCCCUCAUCAAAGCCGGUCUGAGCAAGCAGGUCAAGGUCACUGUUCCCCUAAAUGCCGAUGUAUAUCAGUCACCAAGUGGCAAGCCAUCGGAUGGAGAUUUCCGAGAUGACAUCCGUCAGCCAAUGCUUUCUAUUGUCAAGUUCCUUAGUGAUAAUGGGGCACCCUUCACCGUCAACAUCUAUCCCUUCAUCAGCCUCUACUCAGAUGCCAAUUUUCCUGUGGAUUAUGCUUUCUUUGAUGGAUCUUCUUCAGGCGUGGUAGACGGAAAUGCCGCAUACGGCAAUAUGUUUGAUGCGAACCAUGAUACCCUUAUAUGGGCCCUGCAGAAGAAUGGCUUUGGGAAUGUCCCUGUAAUUGUUGGGGAGAUUGGUUGGCCCACGGAUGGAGACAUGAAUGCUAAUCUUCAGUAUGCUCAAAAAUUCAACCAGGGUUUCAUGAAUCACAUUUCCUCUGGGCGGGGAACUCCAAUGAGACCAGGAUCUAUUGAUGCUUAUCUUUUUAGUUUGAUUGACGAGGAUGAGAAGAGCAUUCAGCCAGGAAACUUUGAGAGACAUUGGGGUAUAUUCUCCUAUGAUGGUUUGCCCAAGUAUCAACUUAACCUCAAGACUACAAACACAGGUGCACUGGUGAGAGUGCGUAAUGUGAAGUAUCUCGAUAAACAGUGGUGUGUGCUGAAGCCUUCGGUAAGCCUGAACAAUCCAAAGGUGGCUGAUAGCAUCAGCUACGCCUGUGGGAAUGCAGACUGCACCAGCCUUGGCUACAAGACAUCAUGUGGUGACAUGGAUUCACGGGGAAACAUUUCGUAUGCUUUCAAUAGCUACUACCAGAAGAGUGAUCAGGAAGAUGUUGCCUGUGGAUUUGACGGCCUUGCCACCAUUACCGACAUGGAUCCCUCGAGUGCAUCUUGCAGGUUUAAGAUCAUGAUUGAUGUUGAUUCUGGCACAACCUCUAUUAGGCCGCUGCACCAAUUCAGGGAACAGAGCCUUGGUUUUUUGUUUGUAUUUUUCUGCAUUGCCUUGUUGUUUUGACAUGCCUCUCAUUGUUUAGUACUUGUCCGUUCCAUCUUGGUGUUCCAGCCAUCAUUUUAUUGGGAUUCAGCAGUAGUGAUGUAGAAGAAGUAUCUGAUCAAAUUGAUUAUAAGGGAUUGGGAUCCAUUGCAAUUCA